AUGUCAGGCGAGGAUACACAAGCCGUUCAACGGCAGGCGACGCUGACGAGGAGGUCAUCCCGGACUGCGGCCACCACCAACUUCACCUUGUCCGCAGAGGUCUUUGAUAAGGAGGUGGUGCCCUCUUCUCUUGCCUCUAUCGACGCUAUCCUCCGGGUCGCCUCCGAAAUCCAGAACGACCGUCCGCGAGUCGCUUAUCUUUGUCGGUUCUAUGCCUUCGAGAAAGCGCACAGGCUGGAUCCCAGCUCUAGUGGUCGUGGUGUGCGUCAAUUUAAAACUGGUCUUCUCCAACGACUAGAGCGGGACAAUGCGCCAAGUCUGGCGGCUCGAAUUAAGAAGACAGAUGCAAGAGAAAUCCAGAGCUUCUACCAGCAAUACUAUGACAAUUAUGUCAGAGCAUUAGACAAGGGAGACCAAGUCGACAGAGCGCAAAUUAGCAAGGCUUACCAGACUGCCGAAGUUCUGUUCAAAGUCCUCCGGGCUGUUAACAAGAACGAAAAAGUUGAAGAAGUAGCUCCUGAUAUAAUUGCAGCGGCCAAAGAUGUCCAGGCAAAGAAGGAAAUUUAUGCUCCUUACAACAUUCUUCCCCUGGAUUCUGCUGGGAAAUCACAGGCCAUUAUGCAGCUUGAAGAGAUUAAGGCUGUCGUAUCUGCAUUACGGAACACGCGUGGUCUCCACUGGCCAUCUUCAAUUGACAAGCAGAGUCAAAAUUUGUCGGACGUGGACAUUCUUGACUGGCUUAAGGCAUUGUUUGGUUUUCAGAAAGACAACGUCAGGAACCAAAGGGAGAAUCUGAUCCUACUUCUGGCCAAUACUCAUAUAAGGCUUCAUCCCAGGCCCGAGCCUCUGAACAAGGCACGUGCUAAUCAUUCUUUCCGAGGAGAACUUGAUGAUCGAGCUGCUAAUGCUAUCAUGAACAAGCUCUUUAAAAACUAUAGAAAUUGGUGCAAAUUCUUGGGCCAAAAACAUAAUUUAAGGUUUCCCCAAGGGCAAGAAGAAGUGCAACAGAGAAAGAUACUUUACAUGGGACUCUAUCAUCUUAUUUGGGGUGAAGCAGCUAAUUUACGCUUUAUGCCAGAGUGCCUAUGUUACAUAUUCCAUAAUAUGGCAUUUGAGCUUAAUUGUGUUCUGGCUGGAAAUGUUAACGUUGUCAACGGAGAAAAAAUUAAACCUUCUAGUGGAGGAGGGGACGAGUCUUUCCUCCGGAAAGUUAUAACACCCAUUUACCAAGUAAUUGAAAAGGAAGCCAAGAAGAGUCAAGGUGGAAAAGCACCUCAUUCAUCUUGGUGCAAUUAUGAUGAUCUGAAUGAGUAUUUCUGGUCCAAUGACUGCUUCUCAUUGGGUUGGCCUAUGUUUAAUGACAGUUUAUUCUUCAAAUCGAUUCAUGAGGUGAUGCAUCUACUCUUCUAUCUAAACAGAUCUUAUGGCUUUUUGUUUCAUUUUGUGCUUAAAUUGGCUGGGAUUGUUGCCAGGGAAAACAAGCGGGUCAGAAAAAGAAUGGAAGCAUGGGAAAAUCAUAUUUUGUUGAGACACGAUCAUUUUGGAAUAUCUUUAGAAGUUUUGAUCGUCUAUGGACAUUCUACAUACUUUCUUUUCAGUGGCUUGACAUUGUCUUUGCUUGUGUUAGAAAUGAAUUAUUUAUCUGUUGUAUUGCAGGCUAUGUUUAUCUUUUCAUGGAAAGAAGUUUCUCUGUCACAUAUUAUUCAGAAGGAUGUCUUACGUGACCUUUCCAGUAUUUUUAUUACAGCAGCCUUUCUUCGCUUACUCCAAAGUAUGUUGGACCUUAUUUUGAAUUUCCCGGGUAAACAUAGGUGGCAGUGCAUCGCUGUGAUGAGAAACAUUCUGAAGAUAAUUGUUAGUUUGGCAUGGUGUGUCAUUCUUAUGAUCUUUUAUCUGCAGUCACAACCACAUCAUAACCAAUUUAAAGAUUGGUUGGCUUUCGUUAAUAAUGUCAAGGCCAUUCCUGCCGCGUACAGCAUUGCUGUGGCUAUAUAUUUGCUUCCAAAUUUAUUGGCAGCAGUUUUAUUUAUUUUCCCAAUGCUUCGACGUUGGAUUGAGAACUCGGAUUGGCAUAUCGUAAGGUUUCUACUGUGGUGGUCACAGCCUAGAAUUUACAUUGGGAGGGGAAUGCAUGAAAGUCAGUUCACACUUAUGAAGUAUACCUUUUUCUGGAUAGCACUUCUUAUCUCCAAAUUGGCAGUCAGCUACUUAGUACAGAUAAAACCUCUUAUCAAGCCAACAAAAGCAAUAAUGUCCAUUCGUCGUGUUGAGUACACUUGGCAUGAAUUUUUUCCUGAAGAUCGAAGGAACUAUGCAGCAAUUAUCUCACUCUGGGCACCUAUUGUUUUGAUAUAUUUAAUGGAUACUCAAAUUUGGUAUGCUAUUUUCUCAACUGUAAGUGGUGGUCUUAGUGGGGCCUUUGAUCGCCUAGGAGAGAUACGGACACUAGGCAUGCUAAGAUCUCGGUUUCAGUCUCUACCAGGCGCAUUCAACACAUAUUUGGCGCCAUCUGAUAAGACUAAGAAAAGGGGAUCUUUUGUUUCGAAACAUUUUGCUGAGGUUACAGCAAACAAAAGAAGUGAAGCUGCAAAAGAGAUGGAUUUGUUGCUAGUUCCUUAUUCGUCAGAUCCUAGUCUAAAAGUUAUGCAGUGGCCACCGUUUUUGCUUGCUGGCAAGAUUCCAAUUGCAUUAGACAUGGCAGCAGAAUUUCAUUCAAAAGAUUCUGACCUUUGGAGGCGUAUAUGCACGGAUGAAUACAUGAAAUGUGCUGUUAUUGAAUGUUAUGAAUCUUUCAAACAUGUCCUGAAUGCUUUGGUUGUUGGAGAAACUGAGAAAAGAAUCAUUGGCAUCAUCAUCAAAGAAGUCGAAAGUAACAUAGAUAAUAAUGCAUUUCUCACAAAUUUUAGAAUGGGUCCCUUGCCAACUUUUUGUGAGAAAUUUGUGCAGCUUGUAGUAAUCUUGAAAGAAGCCGAUCCAUCCAAGCAAGAUGCUGUGGUGUUGUUGUUGUUAGACAUGUUGGAAGUAGUUACGCGUGACAUGAUGGUGAAUGAGAUUCGUGAAGUGGAACUUGGUAAUAGCAGCAAGGAUUCUGGAAUACAACUUUUUGCUAGCACUGACUCGAAACCAGCUAUUAUGUUUCCUCCUCCAGCUACAGUGCAAUGGGAAGAACAGAUCAGUCGCCUCUAUUUGCUAUUAACAGUAAAAGAAUCUGCCCUUGAUGUGCCAACCAACCUUGAAGCACGUCGAAGGAUAUCGUUCUUUGCUAAUUCUUUGUUCAUGGAUAUGCCACGUCCUCCACGAGUACGCAAAAUGCUUUCGUUCAGUGUCUUGACUCCAUACUACAAUGAGGAAACAGUCUAUUCAAAGAGUGAUCUCGAGAUGGUGAAUGAAGAUGGAAUAUCAAUUAUAUUCUAUCUUCAAAAGAUCUACCCAGAUGAGUGGACUAAUUUCCUGGAACGGAUUGGUUGUAAAGAUGAGAGUGAGGCUAGGGAAAGUGAAGAGAACAUACUGCAACUACGCCAUUGGGUCUCCUUAAGAGGGCAAACUCUCUGCAGAACAGUUAGAGGAAUGAUGUACUAUCGAAGGGCUUUGAAGCUUCAGGCAUUUCUUGACAUGGCUUCUGAAAGUGAGAUACUCGAAGGCUACAAAGCUGUCACAGUAUCAUCAGAGGAAGAUAAGAGUCAGAGGUCAUUGUAUGCUCAAUUGCAGGCUGUCGCUGAUAUGAAAUUCACUUAUGUUGCUACGUGUCAGAAUUAUGGGAUUCAGAAGCGGAAUGGUGAUCGCCGUGCGACAGACAUAUUAAAUUUGAUGGUUAAUAAUCCAUCUCUUCGUGUGGCAUAUAUUGAUGAAGUUGAAGAGAGGGAAGGUGGAAAAGUACAGAAGGUAUACUAUUCUGUAUUGGUAAAAGCCCUUCAUACUCAUGAUCAGGAAAUUUACCGUAUAAAAUUGCCGGGGUCAGCUAUAAUAGGAGAAGGGAAGCCUGAAAAUCAAAACCACGCACUUAUUUUUACUCGAGGAGAAGCACUUCAAACAAUUGACAUGAACCAGGAUAAUUAUUUGGAGGAAGCUUUAAAAAUGCGUAACCUUUUGGAAGAGUUUAAUGAAGACCAUGGGUUACGCCCACCUACUAUCCUGGGUGUUCGUGAGCAUGUUUUUACUGGAAGUGUUUCUUCCUUGGCUUGGUUUAUGUCGAAUCAAGAAACAAGCUUUGUCACAUUAGGUCAACGAGUUCUUGCAAGACCUCUGAAGGUUCGAUUCCAUUAUGGGCAUCCAGAUGUGUUUGAUAGAAUUUUUCACAUUACCCGUGGUGGCAUCAGCAAGGCAUCUAAGGGGAUCAAUCUAAGCGAGGAUAUUUUUGCUGGUUUCAAUUCAACGUUGAGGCGUGGGAACAUUACACACCAUGAGUACAUACAAGUGGGAAAAGGAAGAGAUGUUGGCCUCAACCAAAUUUCACUUUUUGAGGCAAAAGUGGCAUGUGGUAAUGGGGAGCAAACACUAAGUCGGGAUGUUUACAGAUUAGGCCAUCGUUUUGACUUCUUCCGAAUGCUUUCAUUCUAUUUUACAACUGUUGGGUCUUAUUUCAGUGCAAUGUUGGUUGUCAUUAUAGUUUAUAUAUUCUUGUACGGCAGACUCUACAUGUCAUUGAGUGGAUUGGAGAUGGCAUUCCUGAAACAUUCUAAAAUGAAGAAAAAUGCUUCUCUGAAAGCAGCCUUGACUUCCCAAUCCCUUGUUCAGAUAGGAUUGCUGAUGGCACUACCCAUGGUUAUGGAAAUGGGUCUAGAAAGAGGGUUCCUAAUUGCAUUAGGUGACGUAAUACUAAUGGUGCUUCAGCUUGCAAAUGUCUUCUUCACUUUCUCUCUUGGGACAAAGGCCCAUUACUUUGGACGCACUAUCCUUCAUGGUGGGGCCAAAUACAGAGCCACUGGACGUGGCUUUGUUGUUCGACAUGAGAAAUUUGCUGAGAACUAUAGGAUGUACUCGAGGAGCCAUUUUGUAAAAGGUGUAGAGGUAAUGAUGCUUCUUAUAGUUUAUCGAGUGUAUGGUGCCGUGGAUGCUGAUGCUGUAGCUUACAUGCUGAUGAAUGCAUCGAUGUGGUUUCUAGUGAUUUCUUGGUUGUUUGGUCCAUUUUUAUUCAAUCCAUCAGGAUUUGAGUGGCAGAAGAUGGUGGAAGAUUGGGAUGAUUGGACAAAAUGGAUGAGCAGUCCUGGUGGUAUUGGUGUACCUGCAACCAAGAGCUGGGAAACAUGGUGGGAGGAGGAACAAGAACACCUACAGUACACUGGUUUUGUUGGAAGAGUUUCAGAAAUUCUUCUUUCCCUCCGCUUUUUUAUAUUCCAAUAUGGAAUAGUAUAUCAUUUGAAUGUGGCUAAUGGCGACACUGGCUUCAUUGUGUAUGCUCUGUCUUGGCUGGUGAUUGUAGCAGUGGUAGUGAUUCUGAAGAUUGUGUCGAUGGGUAGGAGGAAAUUUGGUGCAGAUUUUCAACGGAUGUUCAGACUUCUGAAGCUGGUGCUGUUUCUUGGGUCAGUUGGUGCAAUAGUAGUAAUGUUUGUAGCGAUGAAUUUGACAUUGGGAGACGCAUUUGCUAGCCUACUAGCAUUCUUGCCAACAGGGUGGGGACUGCUACAGAUAGCCCAAGCAUGCAGGCCAGUGCUAAAGGCAAUGAGAGUGUGGAGAUCAGUCAAAACAUUGGGGAGAGGAUACGAAUACAUGAUGGGAGUGAUGAUAUUCGCACCGGUGGCAAUUCUGGCCUGGUUCCCCUUCGUCACGGAAUUCCAGGCCAGACUCCUCUUCAACCAAGCCUUCAGCCGUGGCCUGCAAAUUCAACGUAUUCUUUCUGGUAGCAAGAAGCAGACAUAG